AUGAUGAAAUCUGAUGUAAAACGUUUAGCAAAUGAAAUGAAUCUUGAAAGAAUUGCUCGAAAACAUGAAAGUAUGGGUUUAUGUUUUGUUGGUAAACGAAAAUUUUCUCGUUUUAUUUCUCAAUUUAUUCCUGAUAAUAUUGGUUAUAUAAAAUUAAUUGAAACAAAUGAAAUUAUUGGAAAACAUUGUGGUAUACAUUGUUAUACAAUGGGACAACGUAUUACACCAAUUAAUAAACAUUAUACAUCAUCGAAACCAUUAUUUAUUGCAAAAAAAGAUCCAAUUGAAAAUAUAAUUUAUGCUGCACCUGGUACAAAUCAUCCAGCAUUAUUUACAAAAUCUUUUCAUACAGAUAUUCCAUAUUGGAUUAAUGAAAUGCCAUUAUUAUUAAAAGAAACUGGACAAUAUCAAUGUGAUUUUCGUUUUCAACAUAAACAUCGACCAUUAUCUGUUAUUAUUUCACUUUUAAAUAAUAAUACUUUACAUGUAUCAUUACCUAUUCCAAUACGUUCUAUAUGUCCUGGACAAUAUGCAGUUUUCUAUGAUGAAAAUGAAGUAUUAGGUGCUGCACGUAUUAUUGAUAGUGGUAUAUCAUUAUAUGAUUUAAAAUGGACAGAGCCACUUAUAAAUUCAGAUUUAUUUCUGAAUAUGUGUUGA